CUGCUGCCGCCUCCUCCAUCUCCCGGAGCUGGAGGCACCUCCUCGGCCAGUGGCGUAGCCGCACUUUGUGUCCAGGCCAGCCAGCUAGGGGCGGAGGUCCGGAGCCUGGUCUCGAACGGAGCGGGGGGCCAUGGAGAAAGCGGCCCGAGGCGCUCUCCACAUCGACUAACGCGGGCCCGAUACGGCUGCAGGCGCCAUGGACCGAGCCCCCGCAGACCAGAAUGUCAAGCUGUCAGCUGAGGUAGAGCCAUUUAUUCCCCAGAAGAAGAAUCCUGAUACAUUUAUGAUCCCUAUGGCACUCCCAAAUGAUAAUGGAAAUGUUUCUGGUGUAGAACCAACUCCAAUUCCCAGUUACCUGAUUACUUGUUAUCCAUUUGUGCAGGAAAACCAGUCCAAUAGACAGUUUCCAUUAUAUAACAAUGACAUACGAUGGCAACAGCCCAAUCCAAACCCUGCUGGACCAUACCUUGCCUACCCCAUUAUAUCUGCUCAGCCACCUGUUUCUACAGAGUAUACAUAUUAUCAGCUGAUGCCAGCACCGUGUGCCCAAGUUAUGGGUUUCUAUCAUCCUUUUCCUACACCUUACUCCAACACCUUUCAGACUGCAAAUACUGUGAAUACUAUAACCACAGAAUGCACUGAGCGUCCAAAUCAGCUUGGACAGGUCUUCCCAUUGUCCAGUCAUCGAAGCAGAAAUAGUAACAGAGGGCCAGUGGUACCAAAACAACAACUUUUACAACAGCACAUAAAAAGCAAACGGCCAUUGGUGAAAAAUGUAGCUACUCAGAAAGAGACAAAUGCAUCAGGUCCUGAUAAUCGAUCAAAAAUUGUGCUUCUGGUAGAUGCUUCACAGCAAACCGACUUCCCAUCAGACAUCGCCAACAAGUCUCUCUCGGAGAGCUCUGCCACAAUGCUUUGGAAAUCCAAAGGCAGGAGGAGAAGAGCAUCCCACCCUACUGCGGAAUCCUCUAGUGAGCAGGGGGCUAGUGAAGCUGACAUUGACAGUGAUAGUGGCUACUGCAGUCCCAAGCACAGCAACAACCAGCCCACAGCAGGGGCUGUGAGAAAUCCUGAUUCUGGCACCAUAAAUCAUGUGGAAUCACCUAUAUGUGCAGGUGGUGUAAAUUGGUCCAAUGUAACUUGCCAGGCAACUCAGAAAAAACCUUGGAUGGAAAAAAAUCAGACAUUUUCUAGAGGUGGAAGGCAGACUGAACAAAGAAAUAAUUCACAGUCCACUGGAGAGGAGAUAAUGCUGAUAUGUGUGGAAAAACAUUUUAUCCCUGCCUCAGAACUGGUUGGAUUCAGAUGCCGAGGACAUAGUACUUCCUCUGAAAGAAGACAGAAUUUGCAAAAGCGACAAGAUAAUAAGCAGUUAAACCCCAGUCAAUCUCAUAGAGGCGACCCAAAUUCUGAGUCUUUAUAUUUUGAGGAUGAAGGUGGAUUUCGAGAACUAAAUGAGAAUGGAAAUGCUAAGGAUGAGAAUAUUCAACAGAAACUUUCUUCAAAAGUAUUGGAUGAUUUACCUGAAAACUCACCAAUCAACAUAGUUCAGACUCCAAUUCCCAUUACAACCUCAGUUCCUAAACGUGCAAAAAGUCAGAAGAAGAAAGCUUUAGCAGCAGCUCUUGCCACAGCUCAAGAAUAUUCAGAAAUAAGUAUGGAGCAAAAAAAAUUACAGGAAGCUUUAUCAAAGGCAGCUGGAAAAAAGAAUAAAACCCCUGUGCAGCUAGAUUUGGGGGAUAUGUUAGCAGCUCUGGAAAAACAACAACAAGCAAUGAAAGCACGGCAAAUUACUAAUACCAGACCACUGUCAUAUACAGUGGUCACUGCAGCUUCUUUUCACACUAAAGACUCUACUAACAGAAAACCUUUAACCAAAAGUCAGCCCUGUUUGACAUCCUUUAAUUCUUUGGACAUUGCUUCCUCUAAAACGAAAAAAGGAAAAGAGAAGGAAAUUGCAAAACUAAAACGACCCACAGCACUUAAAAAGGUUAUUUUGAAAGAAAGAGAGGAAAAGAAGGGCCGGUUAACUGUGGACCACAAUCUUUUGGGAUCUGAGGAACCAGUAGAAAUGCACUUAGAUUUUAUUGAUGACUUGCAGCAGGAGAUUGUUUCCCAGGAAGAUACUGGACUGAGCAUGCCCAGUGAUACUUCGCUCUCUCCAGCAAGUCAGAACUCUCCGUACUGUAUGACACCUGUGUCACAAGGCUCUCCGGCUAGUUCCGGGAUAGGCAGUCCAAUGGCAUCUUCAACAAUAACCAAAAUCCACAGCAAAAGAUUUAGAGAGUAUUGUAAUCAGGUUCUUUGUAAAGAGAUUGAUGAGUGUGUGACUCUUCUUCUGCAAGAGCUCGUCAGUUUCCAGGAACGCAUCUACCAAAAGGAUCCUGUCAGAGCAAAAGCGAGGAGACGGCUGGUUAUGGGUCUAAGGGAGGUUACCAAACAUAUGAAGCUAAACAAGAUCAAGUGCGUUAUAAUUUCUCCAAACUGUGAAAAAAUCCAGUCAAAGGGUGGCCUGGAUGAGGCUCUCUAUAAUGUUAUAGCCAUGGCACGGGAACAAGAAAUUCCUUUUGUGUUUGCCCUUGGAAGAAAAGCUCUAGGACGCUGUGUGAACAAGCUGGUUCCUGUUAGUGUAGUGGGAAUCUUCAACUACUUUGGUGCUGAGAGUCUGUUUAACAAGUUAGUAGAACUCACUGAGGAAGCCAGGAAGGCAUAUAAGGAUAUGGUUGCAGCAAUGGAACAAGAGCAGGCCGAGGAAGCCUUGAAGAAUGCGAAGAAGGUGCCACACCACAUGGGGCAUUCUCGGAAUCCCUCUGCAGCAAGUGCCAUUUCUUUCUGCAGUGUUAUUUCUGAACCCAUCUCUGAAGUCAAUGAAAAGGAAUAUGAAACAAAUUGGAGAAACAUGGUGGAAACUUCAGAUGGACUGGAAACAUCAGAAAAUGAGAGAGAGGUUUCCUGUAAGCACAGCGCAUCUGAAAAACCCGGUAAACUUCCAUUUGACGCAGCCCCUGUGGGUAAGCAGCCAUCAUUAGUGGCUGCAGGCAGUACUACCUCAGCUACAAACCCUGGGAAAUCGACAGUGAGCGAUAAAGAGGAAGUGAAGCCAGAUGACCUGGAAUGGGCCUCUCAGCAGAGUACAGAGACCGGCUCUUUGGAUGGCAGUUGCCGAGAUCUUUUGAAUUCCUCCAUCACCAGCACCACCAGCACUCUCGUACCUGGCAUGCUUGAAGAAGAGGAUGAUGAAGAUGAGGAGGAGGAAGAAGAUUAUACUCAUGAACCCAUAUCUGUAGAAGUACAGCUUAAUAGUAGAAUUGAGUCUUGGGUUUCUGAGACCCAGAGAACGAUGGAAACUCUGCAGCUUGGAAAAACCCUUAAUGGUUCUGAGGAAGACACUGCAGAGCAAAGUGGGGAAGAAGGAGCAGAGGCGCCUGAGGUACUGGAGCCAGGGAUGGACAGUGAGACCUGGACUGCUGACCACCAAGCAAGUCAGGAGCAGCAGAAGCCCAGCAGCUGCGGCUCGCAGCACACCGAGCACUCCGAUUGUAAUUGCACACCCCGCGAUCUGUAACUCAGGAAAUGGCAGCUCUCUCUCUUCUACUGUGUAAGGGUUGCAGCCAUUAUCUUUUAUGCUUCAUCUCAACGUUUUUCACUGUCUAGUACUAAUUUAAUAUGUGUAUUUAAUUCCUGACAAAUAUUUUUGUAGCUGUCUUUUACUUGUUUUGUUAUGAUCUAUAGCUUAGCUUUUAAUUAGCAUCUAAGUGUCUUUCUAAGAACUGUGUGGAAAAUACAGAAUUGUUUUAGCUUAUUUUGUUAUGGAAAACUGAUUAAAAAAAGAGGAUGACCAUGUUUUAAAGAAAAUAAAUUUAAAAUGCCUAUUUAGAAUCAUUUUGAAAGUUAAAGAUCAAGGUUCUAAGAGUAGAAGGAGUUACUGAUGUUUGCUUCAAGACUGUACCUCCUUCCCUCUAAUUUGUCUGAUCAAAAAGUUGUUUGGGCUUCUUUAAAAGAGAACUGGAGGUAGAGUUAGAAAACUAAAAAAAAGCCUGAGAGUAACUAAGUCACAAAGUGUUUUGUGUUGAAAAUUGAUGCAACUUUUAUUUGGCCCACAUGCUUAUUUCAGAAGUCAUUGAUCAUUUUAAUCGAUUAAAGUUGGAAGGGCUAAAACAGAACCUCUGAUACUUAGGCUGGCACAGGAGCCACCCUGAUAGAUGAGAGGUGGCCUUCUUUGUGGAGAGUGAUAGAUGUGUUCAAUAGUGAAAAGUCACCCAUGAUAGGACCUUCCAGGUUCUGUCUUGUAUUUGCUUCUUACUUACCUCAGGAAUGCUCUUGUACAUAGUCGUAUUUACAUAAAGUUAGGUAAGUUUUGACAGGUGAAUAACUGUAACUGAUGGUCUGACUGCACACUUUCAUGUAAACUACCCAGAAACACUGUCUUAUAUUGGUGUGUUCUCUUGCAUGCUUCUGAUUUGGGACCCUCUGGAUUUGAGAUAUGGAUUUGAUCGGGUAUCCAAACUUGUCCUGAGUGAAGAACUGUUUCGCCUUCUCAAAAAUUAUAUGUUUUGCCCCUAGCCUUGAGCACCUGCCAUGUAACGCUGACCGUAGUUACAGAGAGGUCAGGGAGGGGAACUUGACACAACUUACAGUAUGUAUCCUGAUAAUCAGGGCUUGGAAGAGGAAGUUUUGAAGAGAAGAGAAAGUUGUUCUAAUUGUGCUGAAACUAUUAGAUGAUUUAGAGUGUGCAGAUAUGUGCAGAUAUUAAGUGUUGAUCACUAUUAUUUAUCCCUGCCCUUCUCUAGGACUGUGUAUACCUGCUUGGGAGAAAUUAAACUUACUGAGUUAAAUGUUUUGUUUGCUAGCCGGUUACCACCUGGUAGUGACCUCUGAAAGUUUAUAUAGUGGUGGGAGAAUUACAAAUUACCCAUUUUUCCAUCUUCCCUCCAACACCCCCCUGCCCAACUGACCAGCACACGCACAUGCACGCCAGCUUUACACUUAGAAGCUCCCAUAAGCAGGCACAGAACUGAAGAGGAGGGGUAUCUUCCCUGCCCUGGUUUUAUGGGGCAGGGCCUUGCCUCACAGAGGCAGGAGGGAAAAGUUGGGCAGAUUCUUUACUGAAUUCAUUGGGACCACUGUGCUAGUUUUGAUGUUUUAUAAUGCUGGCAUUUCGUUACUGGAGAGAUCAGAUUCUUGGUUGAUGAUUUAGUAUUUGUGAAUUGUGAAAGUUUAGGAGAAUUGCUGUGUAGAAAAUGUCAGUCCAUCAACUUUAUUAGUGUGCUAAAGGGGGCUUUAUUGUACUGUCCUGUCUAAACUGUUCUCCAGUAUAGACUUCUUAGGCACAGAGUAUCCAGUACUUAGAGGAAUGCAGCAUGUAAGGAAUGAAGCCUCUGAACUAGUAAUCAUGGAUUUAUAUGUGGCAGAUCUUACUGGCUCUACACAUUUAGAAGUGUUAGUUGGCUUAAAGAAAUGAUAGAGGUUUUGAACUACUGACAAUCUUAAAAGUGAACUUAAAAACUUUUCAUACUUUUUAAUGGUGUAAAUUUCCUUUUCUCGGUGUCAGUGAUUCAGAUAACUCUUGAUCUUGACGGUAGUGGCUUUUCCAAGGUUUCUUAUAUUUUAUAUCUCUUCUGAAUGAGAAUCGUCAUUAUAGAUUUUUGACAUUUGUAUCAAGAGAAGUUGAGGAAAUCUUCAGAAAAUCAUAAUUUUUAGUUUUGCUUUAGACUUCAGAAGUGGUCAGUUAGGUGUUCGAUAAAUGCUCUUGCACAUGCAGUAUCUUCUGCCAGCGAACCCAAGGGACCACAGCCACCUUUAUAUGCGACAGGUCACCUCUAGAGGGCAACCCAGAAUUUAUUAAAGGAAAUGCUACUGUGUUGAAAGUAAGCUUACCUAAGUAUUAACAAUGUCUUUUCAUUUGUUUCCUUUAGAUAAAUUCUGGGAUUUGUGUAUACUAUAUACAGGAGGAGGUGUGAAAAUUAGGAAAGUGUCUUUUCUGGAUCUGGGGGUGAGUGGCUCUUUGGAGACCUGGAGAGAGAUUUAGUGGUAAGAGUAAGGGUUCAUCAUCAUGGGAAAUAACAACCAUAGUAAUUUUCUUCCUUAGUGUGUAGAGGUUGUUUUACUGGCAAUAAUUAAUACUCAAUUUCUAUUUCAAUACGGAAGUAUAUGAAUUACAAUAUGAAUUGCACUCCCAAAACUAGAUUUCUGCUUCAGUAGGUUUGUUUGCUGUGAAGAUUACUUCUCAAAAGACAAAUGUUCAUAUUAGCUUAAUUUUUGGUUUAAAUAUGUUUGUAAAUGAUGUAAUAUAUUUCUUUUGACUAAAUAUGGGAAAAAUAAUGGGUGUUAUACAUUGAAAAGUUUUUAAAGGCUUUGACUGGAAGUCAUUUUUGCAGAGAUGGUAUUUUAUAUGCUUCCAGUAUUUGGAAAAGAAUUAGUCAAAAGGAAUUCACAUAGUUUAAAUAUUGAGAAAUUAAUAUCCAAAUAAUGUACUUGUCUGAUUUCUUAAUAAGCUGGGGGAGGUGGGUGGGGUGGGAAUUGUAAUGUGCAAAUGAGUAGUGAACUCUACAUUCAUUUUUCAACUCUUUAACAUAAAACUGUUAAAUGUUAACACAUUGUUACUUUAAUAUAUCUAUAAAGAAGUAUUACUGUUUGUAAAGCUGCUGUUUGCUUAAAAAAAAAAAACCUCUUUCAUUUAAGUAUUUUCUGUAUGUUGUGCCAACAGGUUAGAACAUUAACUUAUCCAUUUAAAAACUUUAUCUUUUCUUGAUUUUAAAAAUUUUCUGUGAAAUAAUUUAUUUACAGACAUCUUCCUCCUUCUUUGCCCCUUCCAACCUUUACACACAUCACAGAAUCAACCAUUUGCCUAAUCUGAAAUCUGAAUCCUAAUUAAAGAUAACAAUUUAAACUUUGUUGGCACAUCACAUCUUAAAAGUAUUUGUAUUAUUUUAUAAUUUAAUUUCUAAAUAUGCCACAUGAAUUUAUAAUUUAAUGUCUUAAUUGUAAUGCUCUAAUAAAAAACUAGCAAAAUUA